AGACUCCAAAACUACCCGCUCAUCAAAUAAAAAAUAGCAUUUCUACCCCUCAUAUUUACAGCUUUAUCAAAGAGCACUCACACAUUAAACAACGCCUCCAUCAGCCAAAUGAACCCUUCCCUUCGCCGGAGCAGACCAUUUUCCGGUCACAUUAUCCGGCACCGGCGAACUCUUUCCACGUCACCCAACAAUCAAGUAAACGACAAAAACUUCAUAACAACCUUAAACAACAUCAUUCGAAGCAAACAAAGUUGGAAUAUAGCAUUAAACAGCACAAUUUCCACUAAACUAAAACCCCAUCAUGUUGAACAAAUUAUUCUUCAAAAUCUUGAUGAUUCCAGGUUGGCUUUAAGGUUCUUUAAUUUUCUUGGAUUACACAAGAGUUUUUACCAUUCAACAGCAUCCUUUUGUAUUCUUAUACAUUCACUUGUUCAGUCCAAUCUUUAUUGGCCUGCCACUUCACUUUUACACACCCUUUUGCAAAGAAAAGUGAACCCAAGAUUUGUUUUUGAUAAUUUGUUAGAUACAUAUGAAAGAUUCAAUUUUUAUCACAGUUUGGGGUUUGAUUUGCUGACUCAAAAUUAUGUACAAGAUAGGAAAGUAAUGGAUUCUGUGUUAAUUGUUAGGCUUAUGAUGGAGCAUUCAUUAGUACCAGAAGUAAGAACUUUGAGUACUGUGUUGAAUGCGUUGAUUCGAAUCAGACGGUUUGAUUUGGUUUUGCAAUUGUUUGAUAAAGCGGUGAAUUCGGGUGUUGAGGUUGAUGAGUAUGUUUAUACAGCUGUGCUUAAGAGUUUGUGUGAGUUGAAAGAUUUUGAAAAGGCUAAGGAAAUGAUGAAUUGGAUUGAGAGAAAUGGGAGUAAAUUGAGUAUCAUUUUGUACAACAUAUUGAUUCAUGGGCUAUGUAAGGGUGGAAGAGUUUGGGAGGCUGUCAAAAUUAAAAAUAAUUUGUUGGGUUGCAAAGGAUUGAAUGCUGAUGUAGUUACAUAUUGUUCUUUAAUUUUGGGGCUGUCUAAAGUGAACGAAUUUCAGGUUGCUCGAAGUUUAGUGGAUGAGAUGUUGGGACUAAGUUUGGUUCCGCGUGAGGCUGUAGUGUCGAGUGUUGUUGACGGAUUGAGGAGAGGGGGUGAUUGUAUAGCUGCUUAUAGAUUAGUUGAUAUGACCGGGAAAGUUGGAGUUGUGCCUAAUUUAUUUGUUUAUAAUGCAUUGCUUAAUUCUUUGUGUAAAGACGGGAAAUUAGAUGAAGCAGAGUCUCUUUUUGGUAGAAUGGAGGAUAAAGGGCUGUGUCCGAAUAAUAUAACUUAUUCCAUCAUGAUUGACUCUUUCUGCAAACAAGGGAGACUUGAUACUGCAGUUCUUCUUUAUAAUAGAAUGCUUGAUAAUGAGGUAGAAUUAACCAUAUAUCCUUAUAAUUCUCUCAUUAAUGGCUAUUGCAAGGCUGGAAAAUGUAGUGCGGCGGAGUCUAUCUUUAAUGAGAUGAUUGAUAAAGGAUUGACCCCGACUGUUGUAACCUAUACGUCAUUGAUAGAUGGUUAUUGCAAGGAAAGAGAAGUGCAGAAGGCCUUUAGGCUUUACCAUGAGAUGACAGGCAAAGGAAUCUCACCUAAUACUUUCACUUUCACUGCACUUGUCUCUGGUUUUUGUCGUGCACGCAUGAUGGUAGAAGCAAGUAAGUUAUUCGAUGAGAUGGUGAAAAUGAGCGUAACUCCUAAUGAGGUCACUUAUAAUGUCUUGAUUGAAGGGCAUUGUAAAGAUGGGAACACCAUGAGGGCUUUUGAAUUGCUAGAUGAAAUGGUGAAGAAAGGUCUCGUUCCCGACACGUAUACCUAUAGAUCUCUGAUAACUGGACUUUGUGCAAAAGGUCGAGUAUCCGAAGCAAAAGAGUUUGUUGAUGACCUUCAGAAACAGCGUCAUUAUCUGAAUGAAAUGUGUUUCUCUGCUCUCUUACAUGGUUAUUGCCAGGAAGGAAGAUUAAAGGAUGCAUUAACCACUACCGAUGAGAUGGCAGAAAAGGGAAUAAACAUGGACCUUGUGUGCUAUGGUGUACUUAUUGAUGGAACUCUAAAGCAUCAUGAUAUGAAAUAUUUAUUAAAUAUUUUGAAGGAGAUGCACGACCGAGGAAUGAAACCUGACAAAGUAAUAUACACUAACAUGCUUGAUGCAUAUGGCAAAGUUGGAGAUCUUAAAAAGGCUUUUGGAUGCUGGGAUAUAAUGGUUAGUGAAGGAUGCUUCCCAAAUAUCGUGACGUACACCGUGAUGAUAAAUAACUUAUGCAAGGCUGGAUUAGUUGAUAAAGCAGAGAUAUUUUACAAGGAAAUGUUAGCUAGGGGGUUAAUACCUAACCAGUUCACAUAUAGUUGUUUCCUUGAUUAUCUCACAGGUGAAGGGUACAUCAUAGAAGCUAAACAGCUUCAUGAUUCAAUGCUUAAAGGGUAUCUUGCAAACACUGUGACAUACAAUAUAAUUAUAAAGGGUUUAUGCAGAUUGGACCAAAUUCAGGAAGCGGUGGAUAUUUUGCUUGAAAUGAAGGAGAAUGGUAUUUCCCCUGAUUGUGUAAGUUACUCAACUAUCAUUUAUGAAUUCUGUAGGAGGGGUGAUCUGUUAGGAGCAAGAGGCUUGUGGGAAUCCAUGUUGACUAAUGGUCUGAAGCCUGACGCAGUGGCUUAUAACCUUUUGAUUUAUGGUUGCUGCAUCGCUGGAGAAAUGUCCAAGGCAUUUGAAUUGCGUGAUGAGAUGAUAAGAAGUGGUCUGAAGGUGACUCAUGCAACAUAUGCUUCUUUAAUCCAAGGAACCUGAAAAAUGAGUUAGUCCACCAGAUCAAGGAUCAGUUACUAUGAUCAAGUAUUGACUAUCAAAAUUCAGGAGAUUUGUGCAGGACAUGAGCAAGUCAUCUAAAAUGCCUCAUUCAUGAAUAGUUCAAGGUCCUGCCGUUUUUAUAUGAGGACCAUGAACUAAGAUUUGGGCAUCUUUAGAACUACGACGAAGGUUUUUCAUUUAUCUCGAGCUGAUCUUCAUGACUGGACUGUUUUCCCUUCUCUUAUAGAGCCUGGUGUUUGGUAUAUAUCAGAGGGUCUCGAAGUUACUUGGAGAUAUGGACUUUAUUCAUACAGGCAACUGUUAAUAUGCUGUUGAUAUUGAAAUUUGCAAGCUGGUGUUGCAAUCAGACAUGUAGCAAAGAUGGUACGACUGGCGUAUGUUAGAAAAGGGACCAGCACAGCUCCAUGUCAUAGGGUUGUUGCGUCAACUGUUUUGUUGUCUAUGGAAUUUCUCACAUUUCGGUAAGGAUC